GUUCAAUGUUCAAUUUCCAACAUUCCAUUCGCGUGGUGUGCUUUUUAAAGCAACCCUAUCUCUGGCCAGUAUAUUCAAGACAUCAACAGCCACCAUUAUUCGGUACAAUGUGAUGCCUGCUAUUGCGUAAACAAUGCUCAAGAUUGGACACACCCUACCCGUAUAUCAUGCACUAGGCCAUCGAGGAGCAUUCGAUACGGUAUCUAAGAAUUGAAACGCUUUGGAGAUCUUGUUCCGUGUCGUUUCCGCAUCUCUGCGACAGAGUUCAGUCCGGUUGAUCUUGCUCGGCCGAUUUCCUUUUCGAACACAACGGUGAGGCUGCCGGAAAUGUCCGAUCCCGAUUAGGAGCGAAACCUUCCCUAUAAGGUAUGUAAUUGCUUAGUCAUCGAGGAAACUGGGAGAAAUCGCGAGAAUGGGUAGUGUUGUGGCGAAUUGACUCAGGCGUCGAGUGAGAAGGGGUAUUCGUCGACUAGCAUGCCCCCCGCUUGCUCCCGGCUUGCAAAAUAAUAUAUAAAGUCCUGCCCAACGUCAUGUACGUUUCCCUUACUCCUUUCGACCGCGCAUUUGCGCACCGUUCUUAAUUUCGCCCUCCCCCCUUCUUCUCUCCGCCAAACGCCCCCCAUGGAGAGCACCCCUCCCAGUACUACGCCUACGCUGACGGGUAACGACGAUAACGAGGGGCACCACCACCAUCACCACCGUCACCUUCCUCACGUCUCCUAUCCUCACCCAGGCCCCCAUCACGAUCCCACUCAACCUGAUAUCAGUUUCCCUUUCCAAACUACCAAUGUUCAGGAAGGAGGUUUCACGGACGAGUACCGUGUAGUAUCCGACACUGGUCUCAUUUCCGCCGAUAAGGCGUUGCGACCGAUACCAUCUCACAUCUCGAUAACUCCGCCUGCACUUCGGGAUCCAGAGAAAGCAGAGCAACUCAAGAAGGUCAAGCUAGUCACUUUCCUCGAAAACGAUCCGGAGGAUCCGCGAAACUAUUCUAAAGGCUACAAAUGGUUUCUCACGGGAAUAUGCGCCCUUUCUGUCGUUUCUGCUGCGUUCGCCAGUGCAGUUAUCUCUGGUGAUUUUGCGGAUCUCGAAGAGGAGUUUGAUAUUGGCAUAGUUGUAGUCUCUCUCACGGUUAGUCUCAUGGUCUGCGGAUUCGGUGUUGGACCUCUCAUAUGGGCACCAAUGAGUGAACUCAUCGGUCGACGGCCUGUUUGGAUUGUCCCAACGUUCAUCUACGUUCUCUUUAAUAUUCCUUGUGCCGUCGCCAAGAAUAUAGAGACACUGAUGAUCGCACGAUUCUUUUGUGGCGUCUUUUCUUCCGCACCAUUUGCUCUCGCUGGUGGAACAAUCUCAGACAUCUGGGAUAACGAAGAGCGUGGAUUCGCCAUUGCCUUGUUCGCUGCUGCACCUUACGGUGGGCCCGUUCUUGGUCCCAUUGUCGGUGGUUUCGUAGGCCAAUCUAUUGGUUGGCGGUGGAUUUUCUGGAUUAACAUGAUCUUUUCCGGAGUUGUCGCUCUCGCAAUUCUUCUCAUUCCUGAGACGUAUGCACCUGUUAUACUGAAGAACCGAGCUGCGAGGUUGCGAAAGGAGACGGGCGAUGAGGACAUUAAGACUGAGCAAGAAUUAUUCCCGAUGUCCAUGUCUGCGCUACUUCAGGAAACACUCAUUCGCCCCUUCGCUAUGCUCGCGACCGAACCAAUCCUGCUUCUGCUCUCGUUAUACAUCUCGCUCGUCUACGGUCUGUUGUAUGCGUUCUUCUUCAGUUUCCCGAUCACCUUCCUUGAAAAUUACCAUUGGAACGAUGGGCAAACUGGUUUGGCAUUCAUCUCGAUCUGGAUCGGUCUUUUCCUGGCGCUUUUCGCUACUCCUCAGCUCGAAAAACGAUACCUUGCUGCCUCUAAGGCCAAGGGUGGAAAGGCUGAUCCGGAAGAUCGUCUACCUGGCAUGAUGAUAGGGGUUUGGUUCAUUCCAAUAUCCUUGUUUAUCUUCGGCUGGACUUCACCGCCUGCCGUUAUGCCUGGAGGCGGUAAUUGGGUUGGCCCUGUCAGUUCUGGUAUUCCAUUUGGCUUUGGCAUGGUCAUUCUUUACUUCUCAGCCAACGCUUAUAUUAUCGACGCAUUCCCUGGAUACGUCGCGUCUGCACUCGCAGCUAAAACGGUUGUCCGUUCUGGUGCCGGAGCGGGUAUUCCUCUGUUCAUCCCAGCUAUGUACCACAACCUUGGUAUCGGUUGGGCCGCGACUACGUGGGCAUUCAUCUCCAUCGCAAUGAUUCCUAUACCUUUCUUGUUUUACUUCUACGGCAAACGUAUUCGUGCUUUGUCGAAACGUGCCGCUCCCGCCUAAAAAUUCGAAUCGCUCAUGCUUCCCACGCCCUCCUUCAUCCCUUCAUUUCAUCCCUUUAUUCCUUCGUCCCUUCAUCACCUUGUCGUGUCAUCCCUUCGUCUAUAGGACCUCUGUUCUCGCUCAGCAAUGCUUCUUUCUCCCUCCAACUUCCAUAGAUGUUUCACGACACAAGCAAUUUGCUCUUCAUCUAAUUAGCCAUACAUUCGUCUACAAUCGCAUACUAGAUCUGCAUUCCAUCGCUAGACAGUCUGACAUCCUCAACUAUCUUAUUGUUUCUUGUUCAAUAUGUAUCAUAAUCACGGGCUCGUGCGGGCAAUACAAAAGUUGUUAAUAAAGACUGAGUGAUUAC